UGUUCCGAGUUAUUGUAAUUUUUCAUUUCUGUUAACAUAUGCAGGUUAAUAAUAGUCUGCAGCUGAAGACCUUUAAAAACAAUGUUUCUCAGAACCACAAUGCUAGGAAUUUUUCUUGUCUUCCUGCUCUGGCCAGAGACCACUAUAGCUGGGUCCAGUUUUUUAAGCCCCGAACAACCUAAGACACAGCAACGAAAGGCCUCUCCAAAGCCUGCAACAAAACUCCAUCGCCGAGAUGCAGAAGCAAUUUUGGAUGUGCACAGUAUUGAAGGAGACACCAAUGAAAUACAAAUAAAGCUUAGCGUUCCCUUUGAAAUCGGCAUGAAAAUCUCAGAAGAACAGUAUGACAAAUAUGGCCAAAUAAUGGAGAAGCUUCUGGAGGACAUACUUACUGAGGACACUAAAGAAAGUCAAGAAAAAAAGUGA